CAUGGCCGUUUGAAGGAGGGGAAGGAGGCGGGGAAGAUUAACCCCCUCGUGCCCGACUCGUCGCUCCUCUCUCGCCUCUCUCUCUCUCUCUCCCCCCCCUUCCUCCUCCUGCAACUGAGGCGGCGCUGAGGGGAGAGGGCGAGCGCGAGCCGGGGCCGGCCAGGCGCCCCGGUGCAUUGUGGGACGGAGUGGGGCAAGCCGGAGCGGCGCGGGGAGUCCCGUCGGCGGGCGGGAGAGCAGCCGAGACGCGGAUAACAAGUCCAACCUAUUUCAUAAAGAAAAAGAAAAUCUGCCGUUACUAACCGUGUGAGAAUCAUGUCUGUUCGAGAGUCCUUUAAUCCAGAAAGUUACGAACUUGACAAAAGUUUUCGGUUAACCCGUUUCACGGAACUUAAAGGCACCGGCUGUAAAGUGCCUCAGGACAUUUUGCAGAAAUUGCUCGAAUCUUUACAAGAAAAUCAUUUCCAAGAAGAUGAACAGUUUUUGGGGGCUGUUAUGCCAAGAUUGGGAAUUGGCAUGGAUACUUGCGUUAUUCCUUUGAGACACGGAGGUCUGUCUUUGGUCCAGACAACAGACUACAUUUAUCCCAUUGUGGACGACCCCUAUAUGAUGGGACGCAUCGCAUGUGCCAAUGUCCUUAGUGAUCUCUAUGCCAUGGGAGUCACCGAAUGUGACAAUAUGUUGAUGCUUCUGGGUAUCAGUAAUAAAAUGACAGACAGGGAAAGAGAUAAAAUCAUGCCUCUAAUUAUCCAAGGAUUUAAAGAUGCUGCAGAAGAGGCAGGAACAUCAGUGACUGGUGGUCAAACAGUAUUAAACCCUUGGAUUGUUUUAGGAGGAGUGGCCACAACUGUCUGUCAGCCUAAUGAGUUUAUAAUGCCAGAUAAUGCAGUCCCGGGAGAUGUGCUGGUGUUAACCAAGCCAUUGGGAACACAAGUAGCUGUAGCUGUCCAUCAGUGGUUAGACAUCCCAGAAAAAUGGAAUAAAAUCAAGCUGGUCGUGACACAAGAAGACGUGGAACUUGCCUAUCAAGAAGCAAUGAUGAACAUGGCAAGACUCAACAGGACAGCUGCAGGGCUCAUGCAUACGUUCAAUGCUCAUGCAGCCACGGACAUCACAGGCUUCGGCAUCCUGGGCCACGCACAGAAUCUAGCAAAGCAGCAACGCAACGAAGUCUCCUUCGUUAUCCACAACCUCCCUGUUCUUGCCAAAAUGGCUGCAGUUAGCAAAGCUUGUGGGAAUAUGUUUGGUCUUAUGCACGGGACUUGUCCAGAAACUUCGGGAGGCCUCCUUAUCUGCUUACCACGGGAACAAGCGGCACGGUUCUGUGCCGAGAUCAAGUCUCCAAAAUACGGCGAAGGUCACCAGGCAUGGAUUAUUGGGAUUGUAGAAAAGGGAAACCGCACGGCCAGGAUUAUAGACAAGCCUCGAAUCAUCGAAGUCGCGCCCCAAGUAGCCACUCAGAACGUAAACCCGACACCCGGGGCAGCUUCUUAAUCCUAGACGAAAUAGUUAUUUUUUUUGUUUUGUUUUGUUUUGUUUUGUUUCAUUUUUUUAAAAAAACAAAAACAAAAAAUAGAUCUAUUUCCUUUAUCAUCUUACAGCCUAAAGAACUGUGUAAAAAGA